GGCGACACUGCGCAACGAACAAACUCUCACACGUUGCAGCUCCUCGAUUGAAGAAGAGGGGAAGCUUCUUCACAGCGAGUUUUUUCUCUCGCUAUUCUUUUUUUUAUUUUCUUGGGCUAUCCCCUACAAACGAGUUGCUGCCCCUUAUUGACCGCGGCAAGAGGGAAUAAAAUAGGAGGCGAUUCAUUCAGCAAUGGCACGCAGCCCAAUCUUCAAUGCGACGCUGCAGGCGGCCCUGCUAAGCGUCGUGUCCAACGUCCUGGCGCAGCUCAUCACGGCCAACAAGAACAAGGUGAGAGCUUCCCCCUCCCUCACCACCCCAAACGAAAAACAAAACGCAUGGAAAGAAGAACCAAAAAAAGGAAAAAAAAUGGAGAGGGAAGCCGACUGCUGGGCUCUUUAUGUGGAUAUGGAGAGCAUGGUACUACUCUGGCGUUUCUACCAAGUACACGCAAGCCAAAAAAACAAAUAGAAGGGGGAAAAAGAACACAGAAUAUACGAACCCCCCCCCCAAGUUGCUGCUUGCUGUAUCUGGGAUGAUGUCGCGAGACGGAGGAGGGGGUUACUGGCUGGCUGGCUGGCUGACCGACUGACUUAAUGGCUGACUUACUAUUGUUGCAGACUGAGAUGGCGAUAGACUGGAUCCCCGUGUUCCAGUUUCUGCUCUACAGCGUGAUCAACACGCCGCCCAACUUUCUCUGGCAGGAAUUCCUCGAGUCCGUCUUCCCGUCGCACCCAUCCCAACAAGGGGCCGGCGGUGCGAAGCCCAAUAAGGCCACGCAGUCGAGCAAAGCCAAUAACGAUGAGUCCAAGAAGGAGGCACAGCAGCAGCAGCAGCACGACGCCGCCGCCGCUCCCCUCUCCCUGCGCAACACCCUCGCCAAGUUCCUCCUCGACAACACCCUCGGCGCCGCCGUAAACACCCUCCUCUUCAGCACCUUCACCCACGCCCUGCGCGCCGCCAUGCACCCCGCCCCGCGCAUCACCAGCCUCGUCGCCGCCGUCCACCACUGGACCCGCUCCGGCGCCAUCGACUUCGCCGCCGUCGACGGGCAGGCCGUCUGGGCCGCCGCCCGCGCCGAGUUCUGGCCCAUCGUCCUCGCCGGCGUCAGGUUCUGGCCCCUCGUCAGCAUCGCAAACUUCACCGUCGUCAGGACCGUCGAGGGCCGCAACCUCGUCGGAUGCCUCGCCGGCGUCGCCUGGGGCGUCUACAUGAGCAUGUUUGCCGCGCAGUGACUACGUGAAUCGUCUUUCGCGCUUGGCAUUCGGCGGAAGUGUUCUAACAGUGCUGGAAUAUAUGGAAAAUUUUCUUCACUGGUGGUCUUGUGAGUUGACUUUUGUGUUGGAUGAUGAGACGAAUACACCUCCGCUGUGGACGGAGCUUGCGGCAUUCGUUCUGCCCGCGGGUGACUGUGCAACAGUUGUCAUCUUCGUUCUCCCCUCGACGGAUAAAGGGAGAUAAAAAGCGAUUAGGCCCUUGCCGGAAGGGCGGGUUAGACUGGCGUUGGGGCAUUAGACAGAACCAUCAACACGAUCGUCGACAUGGCGCGUUUGGUACUCAAGGGUGACUGUACCAAAACGUAUAUCGAAACGACC